CAGGCAGGGGCGGAGGAGAGGCGGAGCCUUCACAGGGCACGUGCCCCCGGCGAAGAUCCGGUGAAGAGCUGAGUGGUAAUAUCAGUCUUUGGGGUGGAUGAAAAUUUCUUUAAAAAAAUAAAAUGGUGUCAUUUAAAUAACAGAAUGAAACAUUGUAUGGAGUAUUAAAACGACAGCGUUAUAAAAAAAACGAUAGAGCGAAUUAGGGCGAAUCGAUCAAUCCUUCCGGCCUCAAUUCUCCCGAGUGACACAGAGCACACCUCAGUACCAUCGGCAAGUUCCUUCCCGUCAAAGGUGUUUUUUUAAGGUUUAAAACACUCUAAUGCUUUAAGAGUUUAAAUCUUCGGUGUUUUGUUGAUUUUUUGUUUCCAAGUGAAUUCGCAAGAAAUUUAUACUACGUUUUUUGAUUGGGUAAUCUUUUAUUUGCAUUUUUGUUUUUCAAUGUUGAAAGAUUAUUACUCCCUCCGUCCGGGAAAGAUGUUCCCAGUUUGAUUUUUCUUCAUUUUUAGUGAGUGUUGACUAUGACAUUAAAAUGUCCAAAAUGCCCUCAUAUCUUCCUUGAAUUUCUUUGUCCCAGCCACCGCUGCCCCAACCCUCCUCCGCCCAUCUCUGCGCUGCCCACCGCAGCCCCAUCUUAUUGCCACUCACCACUGCUCCAGCUCCACUGCCGCCCAACGCCAUCACCAACUACUACAUCUUCGCCAUCCCUAUCCUCACCAUCUUCUUCAGCCACUCACCAGUCACCACAAUAAGGGAAGGGAAAAAUCAGGGGAAACAAAACGAGAAGAAAAAAAUCUAAUACAAAUCUAUCCGAAUCUAGCUCUCACCACUGCCAUCUGAUCUACCGUCGCCGCUGCCUGCUUUGCCAACGCUGCCAGCCCCUUAGAUCUAGCAUAGAUCUAGAUCGAAGAAGAUGAUGAUGAUGAAUAGCGGGGGUGGGGGGGACAUAAAAGAAGAAAGAAAAAGAAAAAAGAGAGCGCGGGAACCAUGCCCUUACAAGCUCCGAUGGCGGUGACGUCGUUCCAGACGCCGAUGCCGCAGCCAUCACCUUUCCAGCCCCAGCUGGUCAGCACCAUGGCCCCUGUCAACUUGACCGGCGCACUUAACGCUGCAGGGCCAUCGCGUCCCCCGCAGGGUACGAAUCCGCAAGUCACCCCUGAUGGUCAUUGCGUCUCAAUUGAGAGCGAUGACGGCGAGUGGGACGUUCCAAGGGCCCACAAGAAGAAGAAAGGAAAAAACAUCCGGCAAGCGACCUCCCGAAACUCCGCCUUCGAAAGGCUGGGGGAUAGGGAGGAAGGCCAGAGGAAGUCAGCCAAGCAAAGGCUAGGGCAGAGCGUUGCCCAUGUCAGCGCGUUCGCCCGGCUAGGCGAGGUGCGGGAGGCCGAGCCUACCCGCACCCGGUCUAACCGGCAGGGGCCAGCGAGGACGAGGGCCUCCCACCACGAAGAGGGGGCAGAAAGCCAGCCCAGGUUACCGGUGGCGAACCGGUUAACCAUCCCAAACGACCGCGUCCAGCAGAUGGAGGCAAAGCUGGAAAGGGUGGAAAAGAAGGUCGGAGAGAAGAAUGACCGAGACAAACCCCUAGCAGGAUCCCCGUUCACCACAAGGGUCCAUUUGACACCUUUCCUGCGAAAGGUUAAGAUCGACGCCCCUAGAUUCACCGGGAAGGAAGAUCCAGAAAUCCAUCUGGAUUCCUUCAACCAGAGUGCGACCAUGAACGGUUGCACCGAUGAAGAAAAGUGCCUUUUUUUCUUCCAGACCUUGCGGAACCGAGCCACUGAAUGGUUCAAUAAGCUUCGCCCGGGAAGCAUUGAUUCGUUCAGUGAUUUGGCCUCAAAAUUCAAGGCCAAGUUCCAGGAGAAUUGUACUAAGAGGAAGAAAUUCACCUAUCUUAGUACAGCCGGGCAGAGGGAGUUUGAGAACCUUACUCAGUUCCUUACCCGGUGGAAGGAGGAGGUAGACAAGGUGGAAGAGAUGGAUGACAAGACCGUCCUAUCCCUCCUCUUGAAUUGCUUGCGUGCCAGGGAACUAUACAAGGAGUUCUGCCGGAAACCCCCAGCUACGUACCAAGAGGCCUACCACACUGCAUGGGAGUUUGCUGAAGCUGAAACCCAGCUCCGGGCAAAGAGAGAAGCUGAGCAUGGUCACAAGCCCAAGCCGGUACAAGUCAAGAAGGAAGAAGCACCGGAACCUAGCCGGCCGAGGCACCACUAUGACCCGGGAGUAAUCCGGCAGAUGAUAGACAGUGGAGAGCUGGGCAAGGAUUGCUUGCAGAAAGCCCAAGAGAAGAGUCAUCAAUGGGUUAGGCCAACUGCCCCAGGGGAUGACCGGGACAACGACCGGCGGAGGAAUAACCGGCCAAGGGAGCGGCAGCCUACUCCCGAAAAAGAGCACAUCGGCAUGAUCUUUGGUGGACCCGAGGGUGGAGAUUCAACCGCGCAGCGGAAGAACUGGGUCCGGAGCAUUUACGUUGGAGAGGUAAGUGCUGAACCGCCCAGGCGUAAACAUACUAGGAGGGAGCCUAUCGUCUUUACUGACCGGGAUCUCCCUCCUACCGGUGAAGAUCACAAUGAUCCAUUGGUCAUCACCAUGGACAUUAAUGGGGUGGAUGUCGCCCGGGUACUUGUUAACACCGGCAGCAGUGUCAACAUCUUAUACCUGGAGACCUUCCAAAAACUCAGGUUGUGUCGAACACAACUUGAACCCCUCAAAACCCCUCUCUCAGGCUUCACGGGGGACACCGUUGAAGCUGAAGGAUCCAUUGUUCUACCGGUCGAACUAGGAUCAGGGCGACCAGAGGAACGCCCAGGAGUCAAGAAAAUGACCAAGGGGGUCAAUGUCAUGUCCCAAGAGAUUACAAAGGGAGAGACUCGGGAGAAAUUGGAGCCCGAGGCCGAGACGGUGGAAAUCGAACUUCACCCGGGUGAUUCUUCGAGGAUGGUCAGAAUUGGAGCAAAUCUCCCCGAGGAUCUCAAAGCACAGAUUACACGGGUCCUCCAAGAAUACGCGGGCAUAUUCGCAUGGAGCGUGGCGGAUAUGCCCGGAAUAGAUCGCUCUGUUAUCUGCCACCGGUUGGCCGUGAGGGAAGGAAGUCGACCGGUACGUCAGAAGAAGCGGUACCUGGCCAGUGACCGGCGAGACUUCGUCAAGAAGGAAGUGAAGGACCUCCUCAGUGUUGGUCACAUCCGGGAAGUCAAAUACCCGGAUUGGUAUCUCCGUUUGAAUCCUAAGAAAUGCAUCUUCGCGGUUCGUACCGGGAAGUUCUUGGGAUUCAUGGUGACCAAGAGAGGAAUAGAGCCCAACCCAGAAAAAAUCCGGGCUAUCACUGAAAUGCAAGCCCCUACCUCCGUUAGGGAUGUUCAGAAGUUGACCGGUCGUUUAGGCCGGGAGUCGGCCAAGGAAAGGGCCAGUCGACUCUCUAGGGACGGGAAGAAGUUUCAAGACUUCUUCCGGUUGUUGUACCUGGGAAUUUCCCCUAAUGCUGUAAGCUCCGUUUUAAUAAGAGAUGAUGGGGCGCAAAAGCCCAUUUAUUAUGUGAGCAAAGCACUAAACGGGGCUGAGAGUAGAUAUACGGCAAUGGAGAAGACAGCCUAUGCGCUUUUCAUCUCCGCAAAAAAGUUGACAUCCUACUUCCAAGCUCACCCGGUAGAAGUCUUGACUGACCAACCGCUGGGUGCAGUGUUGCGAAAUUCAACAUCCUCCGGGAGGAUGGUGAAGUGGGCAAUGAUGUUAACUCAAUUCCACAUUGAGUACCGGCCAAGGUCGGCAAUCAAGGGACAGGCCCUUGCUGACUUCCUAGUAGAAAUGACCUGUCUAACUCCAGACUUACCGGUCAACAAGCCCACUGAGCAAUGGUGGGAGAUGGCAGUUGAUGGGGCAUCCGGUCCUAGAGGAUACGGGGGUGGUAUCGUGUUCACCACCCCAGAAGGGUUCAAGAUCUACCAUGCAAUCGUCUUCAACUUCAAACUGACGAACAAUGAGGCAGAAUAUGAAGCUCUGGCUGGAGGGCUCAGACUUGCCCAAGCCCUGAAAAUCAGCCGGGUCAGUAUCAAAUCUGACUCUAGCCUAAUCGUUGGGCAAGUGACCAGUAACAUGGAAGCAAGGGAAGGACGCAUGGCACAAUACAAGGACCUUGUACUUGCCCUGUUGAAAGGCUUCGAAGAGUUCAAGAUCGCCCAAAUUCCCCGGGCGGAAAACGCGGAUGCAGACCUUCUCUCCAAGUUGACGCAGUAUGCUCCCGAGCAUGUUUCAAAACUUGCCCGGGUAGAGAUCCUUGACCGUGCAAGCAUCGAAAAAUUGGAAGUCGCCGCCAUAACGGCCGGAAGCCAAUUUGACCGGUCAAACCUGGUCGGGGCGGACGACCAUUGCAUGUAUGAUCUGAUGGAAUAUCUGAUGGAUGGGAGCUUGCCAGAACAAGAUGACCGGGCGAGAAAAGUGAAGCUCAGGGCACCCCGAUUCCAGGUUCUUGAUGGAAAGCUGUAUAAAAGGGCAUUUUGGGGGCCACUCCUGAGAUGUCUAACCAAUAGGGAGGCUGAACGAGUCAUAGCGGAAGUCCACGAAGGCGUGUGCGCGGCGCAUCAAAUGUCUCGUACGCUUUCCCAACGCAUUAUCUUGUUGGGGUAUUACUGGCCAACAAUUGUACAGGAUUGUGAAAGGUACGUCCAGAAAUGCAGGAUGUGCCAAGUAUUCUACAAGUAUCCCGGUAGACCGGCGACCUACUACCACCCCGUAUCGAAUGUCAUCCCAUUCGCUAGAUUCGGGGUUGAUAUCAUUGGAGCCUUUCCAAUCGCCCAAGGAGGGAAGAAGUUCGUAAUCGUAGCCAUCGAUUACUUCACCAAAUGGAUCGAGGCCGAAGCGUUGGCCAACAUUCCCACGCAACAAUGCAAGAAAUUCAUUUGGAAGAACAUCAUCACGAGAUUUGGAGCACCCAUGAACCUCAUCACCGACAACGGUCCACAAUUCCGAAAUCCGAGGUUCACCGAAUACUUGGAGGGCUUCGGAAUCAAGCACAAUCGCUCCUCGGUAGCAUACCCCCAAAGGAAUGGCCAAGUCGAGAAUGCCAACCGAACAAUUGUGGAUGGUCUAAAGAAACGACUGGGAGAAGCAGGAAACAAGUGGCUGGAAGAGCUCCCACACAUCGUAUGGGCAUUCCGAGUAACACCCAGGAGGGCUCACGGGGAAACUCCAUUCUCCCUAACCUAUGGGUGUGAAGCAAGGCUGCCCAUCGAAGCUGAAUUCCCAACGUUCCGGGAAUCAAAUUAUGAACCCCAACAAAAUGAAGAAGACCACUUGGCCGAACUCAACUUGGUCGAAGAACGGAGAAUGGCCGCGGAAGUUAAAAUGAGCACAUAUCAACAAGUCGUGAAGAAGUACCACGACAACAAGGUUGGACCGCGAUACUUUCAAGUCGGCGAUGAAGUUCUGCGAAGAAGGGAGGCUAGUAGACCGGGAGACGGAGGAAAGCUGGCCAAAAACUGGGAAGGGCCUUACCGGGUGAGAGCUAUCAUUCGCCCGGGGACCUACCGGUUAGAAACUCUUGAAGGUGUACCGGUAGAAAGAACCUGGAAUUCCCAUCAUCUUCGCAAGUUCUACAAAUGAUUGUAAUACUAGGCAAGGCCUAUUUUAUUAUCAAUCAAACCGAUGACGUUCAAUAUUCUACUUGGUAGCGGCAGAAUUGAUAGGUCAAACCUAUCCUAGGAGGGCUUCCUGGGUGGAUCGAAUCCACUUGGAUAAGCUAACUGAGACACAGGCCCGGACCUGGCACGCUGAUUACUACACCGGUCUUGCUCAGUAUAAUAGAAAAAAUAUUAAAACCCGGAAGAGGGGCCCGGAAGAGGGUAUGCCU